UUGAAAUCAUUGCAGAAACGUGCAAACUCGUUUACUCUCUCUCUCUCUCUCUUAUAAAUAUUGGGGGCAUGACUAUGUGAGUGUGUGGCAUAUUUGUUUACGAAGAAUUUGACCAAAGUUUGAACAUAUCUCUCAUUUCUUGGAUAUUAAAAGAGCUGCUGAAAAAACAUGGUGGAGAAGAAGCUGAAUUUCAAUCAACCAAUAUUAUCUGUGAGAAAAUACUCACCCAAGAAGGCCUCACACAUAGUUGAUCAAAGGGAAGGCCUCCCACUCCCUCACAGACCAGAGCGGAGCUCUGGUCCUGUGAGGAACCCGGGCUCUGUCCCCUUCAUGUGGGAACAGAUCCCGGGGCGACCAAAGGAAGAGAUCCUGGCACAGUCCCACGUCUGUGCCGGGCCCUUGGUUUCUCCAGAGCCUCCGCCCAGUACUGGGAUGGAAGCUCUGCUAGAAACCAGUGAACCGGUUGAAGACGAAGGAGAUGAUUUAGGCACGAAGGCGUUGGUUCGCCAACAAGAAGAGGCAGUGGAGAAAGCAUGGAGUGAUCAACAACAUGAAAAUGUGAUCACAGUUUGUUGCUUGCUGCCUCGAUCCUGCUUGAAAAGCUCGGCCUUCAGCCUGAAUCCUGUUUCUGCAAUGAGCCGCGUGAUGACAUUCCCCGGCAGCAGGAUGCUGUCGGAAUCUCCGGUGUCGGGUUCCUCGACAGACACUGAGAAUGAGUGCAACGAACAACACGGGCCGUUUCUUGAAGAGGCGCCGCGCAAGAAGAGCUUCAAGACCUUGCAGGAAUUACUGGCUGAUGAUGGUGUGAGGAAUGUGGUGAAGAUGAUUGAAGAUGAUGGUGUCAAGAUAGGUGGUGAGGUGAAGAUGAUUGAAGAUGGAGAUGGAGAUGAAGAUGAAGAUUCGGAUCAAGAUUCGAGCAGUGGAGACGACAUAAGGUUGGCUGUGAACAAAGCAGCUGAGAAUGCAAGAGAGCGGCUGGCAAGAGGGAGUGUUGGUCCUCCACCACCACCACCACCUCUGCCGGUGUCUCCAUCGGAUUCUUGGCUUUCGCGCACUCUGUCGUCCGCCUCUGCGAGGAAGGCGUCGAGCUCUGCGUUCGUGUCUCGGUUCAGCAACAAGUGCUGAAAACUACAGCAGAUAUAGAGUGGAAGGCUAAGGUUAAAACUACAAUGUCAUACUUUGCAUUUCUCUCUGAGGUAACUUCUGCUUUGCUGGUUUCAGUGAUUUCCAAAUGUAAUAUACCAAACUUACUUUGUUUUUGUUUUUUUAAAUCAGGAAUGGUAGCUAGCUAAUCUUGAAGUUCAUGGCUUGAUUCUAUUUUGAGGAGGAAGAAAAAGGGUUAACACACACACACACGAAGCUUAUUUUGUUUCAUGAGUUGGUAAUGGUAUUGAGGUUGACGAGGUUUUACAUGUCGAAUGUCAACACAAUAAGAAUUCUUGAAUUUUGUAUGAUUUUUGUUUUCUCACUUUUUUGUGAUAGGGAAAUAAAAUCGUUUCCUUUAAUGAUAGUUUGUCUUGUAUAAUUGUAACAGGUUCUCUUGAAGCACGAAGAGAUAUUUUUGUGUUACACAACUAGAAAUCCAUAAACUGAUUAUUUUUAAA